UUUACGUAUUCCACGUCACGGAAGUCACACAGACAUGAUCCAUUUGCAGCCCAAACCAAGCGGAUAACUUGGGUUGUCGGUCUUGUAAUGUUGUAGUACUUUACAGGAUAUAGACUCAGGACUGCAUUGGUCUAAAAGAGAGCCGAUAACUUUCAAAAUCGGAGGCGCUGAGUUGCUGGGCGAGCCCGCCUGCCGUUUUGCAGGCUAGCUCGCUAGUUAAGUAGCCUGCAGCCUUGACGACGAACCGAGUAACUAAUCUCAAGACAGCCAUCGAGGCAGCCUGUAGUUAUUUCAUUUUACCGUCCUCUUGUAUUGCGUAGCCAUGGCAACUCGGCGACUAACCGAUGCCUUCUUAUUAAUGCGGAACAAUGCAAUCCAAAACCGGCAGAUUUUGGCUGAGCAAGUGAGUACAUACGACCCCCGUCGUACUCUGAAUACACGUAGCAAUGCUGCGUUGGCUGAUGAUCGUAUGGCCCUGGUGUCAGGCAUCAGUUUGGAUCCAGAGGCUGCUAUCGGUGUCACGAAGAGACUCCCGCCUAAAUGGGUGGAGGGAGUGGAUGAGAUUCAAUAUGAAAUCACACGUAUUCGUCAGAAGAUGAAGGAACUGGCUAGUCUGCACGACAAACACAUGAACCGUCCCACGCUGGAUGACAGCAGUGAGGAGGAGCAUGCCAUCGAGAUCACUACACAGGAAGUUACACAGAUGUUUCACAGGUGCCAGCGGGCCGUGACGGGGCUGCAGACUCAGAGUCAUCACUGUACAGAGCAAGAAAACAGGCUGUUGACCAAUGUGGUGUCUUCAUUGGCCCAGAGCCUUCAAGAACUGUCAAUCAACUUCAGACACACACAGUCAAGCUACCUAAAACGCAUGAAAAACCGUGAAGAAAGAUCCAAGCACUUUUUUGACUCUGGUCCUCUUGUGGAGGAAGAUGAAGAUAUUGCAUUAUAUGACAGAGGAUUUACAGAUGACCAGCUAGUUCUGGUUCAGCAGAACACAGUGAUCGUAGAAGAGCGGGAGAGAGAAAUUCGACAGAUCGUUCAGUCCAUCUCUGACCUUAAUGAGAUAUUUAGAGAUCUUGCUGGAAUGGUUGUUGAACAGGGCACAGUCCUCGACAGAAUCGACUUCAAUGUCGAGCAAGCUUGUGUCAAAACAGACGAGGGGUUGCAGCAAUUGCAAAAGGCUGAACAGUACCAGAAGAAAAACCGCAAGAUGUUGGUCAUUUUAAUUCUCUUUGUCAUAAUUGUUAUUCUAAUACUUGUUCUGUUCGGGACAAAGUUUAGUUGAAUCAUUCCAUGGCCUCUAGGAGGGAUCUACCUGUAUGUAUGAGAAAAAACACGUAUUUCUCUGUGUGUGUGUGUGUGUGUGUGUGUGUGUGUGUGUGUGUGUGUGUGUGAGAGAGAGAGAGAGAGAGAGAUGGUCUGCAUGCUGACUUUAAAGACCAUUCUUGAGGGUGGAUUAAUUGUUGAACGGAUGAAGCUUAAGUUUUAAAGUACUACACAACAAAAUGAAGCAGAUAAGGACGCCCACUGCUGGCCACCGAGUGCAGUGUCUGGAGACAGUUCAUGGGUUUAAUUCUCCAGUGUUAGUACCCAGGUUCCUUUCAGUUGGAGCCAUCAGAGGGCCUGUUUUCUUCAUUUGUCCCGCACAAGCACAGCACUUAUGAGCAUGGCUGCAAGAUGGCAGCAUGUUUGUCUCAACCGCCCUUGUCAUCUAAUUUGACGAGUAAACAGGAAGACGAUGGGGAAAGAUAAGGUAUCCUCAGAGGUCUGUAGCUCUCCUUGAACAUGACCAAAUGUGCUUGGGUGAAUCUUCAAAAGAAUGUCCAGGUCAUAUUUUACCACAAUAGAAAGAAAUAUUAAAUUAUAUACAGCAUUUCCUAAAGUUUUUGUUAAAUC